AUGGGUCCUAAAAAAGGAAAGAGGUCACAUUCAAAAAACCAUCAUCACCAUAAUAAUGGAAAUAAUAAUAAUAAUAACAAUAGUGGUGGUGGUAGUAGUAGUGAUAUUUUAUAUACAUAUAGUCAAGAUACAAGAAUAUUAUUAUUUAAAGUGAUAUUAACACAAAAUGAAGAGAUUAUAUGUAUGGUUAUACAAAUUGCCUAUGGAUUACCAGGUUUACCAAAGAUAUCAGACAUUUCUAGAGAUUUAGGUAUAUUAAUAUUAAAAUUACCAAAUAGAACAAUUAGAGAAUUAGAAUUAUUUUUAGAAUCUAAAAAUAUUUAUUUUCGUGAAGAUCAACAUAUAAAUUAUUUAAAUGAAAUACCACAACCAACUACAACUACAACAUCACCACCACCACCACCACCACCAUCAUCAAUUUCAACAACAACAACAACAACAACAGCAACAGCAAUAGAAAUUGAAUCAUCAUCGGGACUAACAUCAAAUAUAACAGAUUCAACAGAAAUUCAAUUAGAUUCAACUACGACUGAUACAAAAACUACAUCAACAACAUCAACAACAACAAAUAAUAGUAGUGAUAGUAAUAAUAAUAAUAAUAAUAAUAAUAAUAAUAAUAGUAAUAAUAUUUUAAAUUUUCCAUUUAAUUGUCAAAAUAAAUCAAAACAAAAAAGACCAAUUUCAAAAGAAGAAUCAUUUAAUAAAAUGGUUCAAUAUAAUUUUGAUUUAGGUAAAAUUUUCGAUGAGUUUACAAGAGAAGUUUUAUUAGAUGAUUUAAAGAAUGAUUUAAAGAUUGAUAAUAUACCCAUUGACAAUAUAUCAAUAUCACCAACACCAAUCAUUUCACCAGUUUUUCAAGAAUAUGAUUUGUUUUUAAUGGAUUCUUUCAUUAUACUUUGUGGUCAAUUAGAUAAUGUAAAAUUAACAUUAGAAGAAUUUAAAGAUUAUUAUAAAAAAUAUAAAUUAUUAAAUCAAUAUAUUGAAGAUUUUAAAGAUAAUUUAAUAAAUGAUUUUUUAGUAACAGUAGAGAUAUUAGCUAGUUGGUAUAUACCACAAAAGGAUUAUUCAAUUGUUAAAUUUAUAAAUUGUUUUGGAGAAAUGUUAGAUUCAACGAUUAUAGAGAGUUUUUCAUACAUUUUCAAUAAGACUAUAAAGAAAGAGGAUGAUUGGUCAAUUUCAUUCAUUCAAGCGGCACUUGGAUCCAAUGAAGAAUUUAAGAGACAAGUGAUGUGUUUAAAUGAUGAAUUAAUUCAAGAUAGAUAUGAUCAAUCAUUGUAUAGUAUAAUGCAUCCAAUUAAAUUUGACAAUGUUAGAGAGUUUAUUCUAAUCUAUAGUAGAGAUGAAAAUUAUUUUGAACCACAAGAAUUUUGGUAUCUAAUUUGUAAAUACGAUGCAAUUGCAAUCACUCAACAUAUAAUCAACAAUAAUAUAGCCGAAGAGGAUCUAUCCAAAAGAUCAGGUAAAACCUAUAAUUCAAACUUGUCUGAAAAUCCAUUAGAAAUCAAUCCUCUAAGUUUAUUAGAAAUUUGUUCUGCAAAUUUCUCUCAUAAAAUUGCAUCAAUCUUAUUUCAAUUUUAUGAUUUUAAAGAUUCAAUGCCAACAAGAUUUAGUUUAAGAGGUGUUUUUAAACCAACAACAACAACAACAACAACAACAACAACAACAACAACAACAACAACAACAAUAGAUAAAGAUGAAAAAGAUAAAGAAAAUAAUAAUAAUAAUGUAAUAUCACAACAAUUUCAAUAUUUUAGAGUUUUAGAUGUAAAUUGUUAUUUUAAUGAUGUAAUUAAAAAGAGAGCACCAAUAUUUAUAGAUUUAAUGACACAAUCAAAUAUUUAUUUAAAUACAGAGGUUGGUGAAGGAUCGGAUGAAAAUGUUGAUACUCAUGAAUCGAUUUAUUCAUUUCAGAAUAGUACCGAGUAUUUAGCUAUCAAUUCAAAUAGUAUUCAUAGAUUGAAGAGGUCAUCGAUAUCUUUACUUUCAAAGGUAUUGGAAUUUAAUGAUCGUGAUACUUUGAUAUCGCUAUUAAAGAAUUUGACACAGGGUGGUUGUACAUUAUGCAAGGACCUAAUUGACGAAAAACAAUUACUAAUUACAAUUAGUAGACCCCAAUAUCACCAAAGUAUACAGAUUCUACACCAAAAUGGGUAUACCAUCAUACCGAAAUACCAACUACGUGAUCCUUACAUCUUUUUUGCAGGCUCCAAACAAAUCUUACAAUAUCUAUUGGAAAUUCACACAAAUUCCCUCUCGGAGACUAUAGAUAUCAGACACUGGAUUCAGGCGAUCAUGAGUGCAGGUCAGUAUAGCUCAGAGACUGAAUUCUUUCAAUACUAUCCAAAGAUUCAAGAAUUAUCAUUACGCGAUAAAUAUUCAAGAACUUUAAAUAUUUUAGAAUUACAAUAUAUCCUUGGCCAUAUCGAAGGUAUAGAAUUCUUACUUGAGAAAUAUUUAGAUUUCACUAAACCCUAUCAUUUAGAUAAUCAAGAACUUUUAGAAAUUUUCGAUGUAACUUUUGUUCAAAAAAAAGAUAUUAGAACUGAAGAAUCUUUAAAAGCUGAAAAAGAUUUAUUAGAACAAGAAGAAAAUGAAAAAAAACGUUUAAAAGAAAAAAGAAAAAAAGAAGAAAAAGAAAAAAAAAAACAACAAAAUUUAAAACAAAAAUCUUUAAUAACUAAUAAUACUACUACUACUACUACUACUACACCAAUACCAAUUACAGUACCAAUACCAACACAAACACAAACACCAACACAAACACCAACACAAACACCAAUACCAACACCAAUACCAACAACACCAAUACCAACAACACCAAUACCAAUACCAAUUCAAUUGACACCAACAACACCAAAAACACCAAAAACACCAAAAACACCAAAAACACCAACAACACCAAAAACACCAAUAACACCCAAAACACCAAAAAAUUCUACUUUAGAUAAACAAACAAUUUCAACACCAAAAACACCACCACCUUUAUCAGUAAAUACAACACCAAUAACACCAUCACCACCACCACAAACUAUAGCUACAACAAUAACAACAACAACAACAACACCAAAAACAACAAAAACAACAACAACAUCAAAAAUACCGACAUUAAUAAUAGAAUUAAAUAAAUAUGAUAUUUCAAUUGGUAAAUUUAAAUUUAGUAGAAAAGAUGAAUUUAUAAUUGGUAGAGGAUCAAAUGGUACAUUAGUUUUUAAAGGUAUUUGGAAUGAUAGAAUACCAGUUGCAAUUAAACAAAUGCAUAAAGCUUUUAAUCCAUUAAUUAGUAAAGAGAUUGAAGUAUUAAUUACAUUAACAAAUAAGAAUUGUAAUAACAUCGUAAGAUAUAUUGAUCAAGAAGAAGAUGAUAUGUUUGUUUAUUUAGGUUUAACAUUAUGUAAUGGUUCUUUACAAAAUUUAGUUGAAAAAGAUUUAGAAAUUAAUUUAAUAUCAACAUCAAAUAAUGAAAAUAAUAAUAAUAAUAAAUUAAAGAAUUUUAUUGGUUCAGAAUUAAGAUUAUUAGAAUUAAUUAAAGAUAUUGUUUAUGGUAUUCAAUUUUUACAUCAACAAGGUAUAGUUCAUAAUGAUUUAAAUCCAAGGAAUAUUUUAAUUAAAGAUGAUAGAUUCAUUAUAUCGGAUUUAGGGUUAAGUAAAAUGGAAGUAACUUCGUCAUACUCAUUUACGAUGCAUGCUCCAACUGGUCAAGAAGGUUUUCAUCCGGCUGAAGUACUAUUAGAGAAACGUAAAACUAAAUCUGUUGAUAUCUUUUCAAUGGGUUGUAUUCUAUUUUAUUUAAUGACUGGUGGUCAACAUCCAUUUGGUGAUAAAUUCUUUAGAAUGGCUAAUAUUUUAACAGAUAAACCAAUUCUAGAACCAUUGAAACAUAAUUUAGUAGCAUGUGAUUUAAUUAGUCAAAUGAUAUCAAAAAAUGAAUCUGAUAGACCAACUACUGAAAAUAUACUUUUACAUCCAUUCUUUUGGAAUCAUGAAAAGAAAGUUAAAUUCAUUGAUGCUUCUUUAAAUUUAUUUAAAGAUUCAAAUGGUUUAUUCACUUCAAAAUUAAAUAAAUUAAUUAAUCAAUUUCAAGAUACUGAUGGUGUUAAUACAACAAGCACACCAUUUCUUUCGAAACCAUGGAAUCAAUUAAUUGAUCCAACUUUAAUUGAACAUAUUACAAAUAAACAAAAUCAAUUAAGUGGUGGUAGUAGUAUUGGAAAUAAUAAUAAUAAUAGUUUGACAUUAAGUGGUAAAAAAUUUUAUUUUUAUGAUUAUUCUCAAGUAAAAGAUUUAGUACGUUGUAUUAGAAAUACAAUACAACAUCAUAAAGAGAUUCAAAGAUUAAUUUCACAAUCACCAUCAUCAUCAAAUAAACAAGAAGUGUUGGAUUGUUUAGAGAGUCAAGAAUUAGUUUUAUCUUAUUUUGAAGAAAAAGUUCCCGACCUUUUACUCUUUCUUUAUCAAAAGUUUAAAAAACAUUUGGAUUCAAAAUCCUUAAUUUAUUUUAAUGAUUUAAUUAUUAAAUAA